AUGCCGCCCUCAAGAUCAGAGAGUUUAAAAACGCCGCAACUGGGCAGCGAUGACUUGGUGCCAUUUGACCACGUCGCCGCAGGCCACGAUGGUGUCCGCUGUACCCUUUCCGGAGCCCUGAUCGCCAAACCUUGCGUCCAGCAGGAGAUCGAUUUCUACGAAGCUAGCGCUCUCCAUCCCGAGUUUCAGGAGUUUAUCCCUCUCUUCAUUGGCUCGCUCUCGUCUGCUGAUCAGCAACAACCGCUGGCGAUUGCUGCUGCCCAAGGUCCUGGCGCUGUCUUUCUACCACCCACUGGCGAUGCCCCGACGGCUUCAAACACAUCCUCGGUUUCGUCACAACAAACACUCGCCCCGAGCAUAGGAGCUUCUUCCGGGAGAGAUCAGCCAUGGGUGCCAUCUGAAGGCAAGAAGCUAGAGACAGAACUUUCUAUCGUAUUGGAGAAUGUUGCCGCGGGAUUUCGUCGUCCAAAUGUGCUAGACGUAAAGCUCGGAGCCCGGCUCUGGGCUGAUGAUGCGCCCCCUGCCAAGCGCAACAAGUUGGAUACUGUGUCCAAAGAAACGACCAGCGGCAGCCUAGGCUACCGGAUUGCUGGAAUGAAAGUGUGGUCUGGUUCAAAUGGCGAGACCGAUGAGGGCGCCAGGACGGAUCCGUACGCGACCAAGUACGAAGGGGCGGAGGGUGCCAGAGGAGAAGUCAUCGAGAAAGAUGGAUAUCGACGCUACGACAAGUGGUAUGGCCGAUCAUUCAGUGCAGACAACGUUAAGGAAGGAUUCGAGACUUUCCUCGCUGGAGCCAAAGCGGGCUCUGUGGAUCGCUCGAAAAUGGUCGCACGCCGACUAACCGAAGAGCUACAAAACGUACAACGUGUACUUGAGUCAGAGGAGAGUCGUAUGUACUCCGCCAGUGUCUUGGUGAUUUACGAAGGCGAUCCAGAGGCAAUGAAUAUUGCCCUGGAAGAGGAAAAGAAGAUCCCCGAGCAAAAGGAUUCAGAAGACGGGGAUGAAGAAGACGGGGAAGUGGAUUUCAAGUUCACGGAAGAGCCCCUCGAGCUUCUCGAUGUAAGACUUCCAGACGGACUACCCCAAAAAGCUAUAAACAUCAGCUUCGACCCUCAAAUGGCGCAAGUUCCAUUGGAGGUAGACGAUGACGAAGAUGAAGAGGAAACCCCGAAAGUACACGACCUACGCAUCAUCGACUUCGCCCAUGCGAAAUGGACACCAGGGGAAGGACCCGACGAGAAUGUCCUGAUGGGAAUUCGCAACUUGGUCAAAAUUUUCAACGAGCUGGCCGAAUGA